AUGGACAUGGCGAAGGUCAACUCUAUGGACUUCGGGGAAUUUGUGGAUGUGUUUGGAAACGUCAUUGAACGAUGUCCUCUGGUUGCAGCUGCUGUCUGGUCCCAGCGUCCGUUCUCUGACCUAGAAGAUCUGGAAAAGCAUUUCUUUGCUUUUAUUGAUGCUCUUCCACAGUCAGGCCAGGAGGGCAUCCUGCGUUGCCACCCGGACCUGGCGGGUCGCGAGCAACAGCAGGGCACGCUCACAGCAGAGUCUCAACGAGAGCAGAGCAGCGCGGGCCUGACGAGCCUGGGCGCGGACGAGCGGCGGCGCCUGACGGAGCUCAACGCGCAGUACCGCGCGCGCUUCGGCUUCCCCUUCGUGCUGGCCGCGCGUCUCAGCGAGCGGGCCGCGGUGCUCCGCGAGCUGGCGCGCCGGCUGCACUGCCCGCCCGCGCACGAGCUGCGCACCGCCCUGGGCGAGGUGAAGAAGAUCGGCCACCUGCGCCUCGCCGAUCUGCUCCUGUCAGAUCCCUCCAGGCUGUAG